AUGCGUCUUGUCAAAAACAAAAUCGAAUAUGAUGGCACCGGCAGCGUCUCCCUCAUCCCCGAAGAGCCUGAAGACAUGUGGCACGCAUACAACCUCAUAGUCCCUGGUGAUCUCCUGUAUGCAACCGCCAUCCGCCGCGUAACAACAACCGCCGCAUCAACGGGCUCAACGAGCUCUUCGCGCGUCCGACUCACCCUCGAAAUCCGAGUCAGGAACCUCGACUUUGACCCUCACAACUCUCAGCUUCACGUUAGCGGGCAGAUUGUGAAUGAGACGCCACAUACCAAAAUUGGACAGUAUCAUACCCUUGAUCUAGAGCUCAAUCGGCAGUUUACGCUAGAGAAGGGGUCAGGACCGGAUAAUGAGGGGAGCGGUUGGGAUAGUGUUGCCGUCGAGGCGCUGAAGGAUGCAGUUGAUGAGGGUGGGAAUCGGAGAGCGGAGGCCAUAGCCGUCGUUAUGCAGGAAGGUAUAGCACACAUAUGCUUCAUUGGGCAGUUCCGGACGGUAUUGAAGCAGAAAAUUGAGAUGUCUGUUCCGAGAAAGAGGGCUGGCGGAAGUGAUCAUGACAAGACCAUGACGAAAUUCUACCAAACAACACUCGACACCCUCCUCCGCCACAUGGAAUUCAACACUAGCUCAACAUCAAUGGCGACUAACGACGCUGUCCGCCCUGUCCUACUUGCCUCCCCCGGUUUCGUCGCAGCUGCUUUUCAAAAGCACAUCCAAUCUGUGGCAAACACAACAACCCCAGCGCUCAAGCGUCUUCUCCCAUCUCUCGUCGUCGUCCACUCCGCCUCAGGCUACCUCCACUCGCUAACAGAAGUUCUCCAAUCGCCUACAGUAAAAGCACUCCUCAGCGAUACUAAGCACGCGCGUGAAACGAAGCUAAUGGAUGACUUCAACGAGCAACUACGCAAGGAGACUAACAAGGCUACCUACGGGCCGCGGGAGGUCGAGCACGCCGUUGAUCAGGGCGCUGUGGGCCCUGGCGGCGGGGUGCUCAUCAUCUCAAACAGACUAUUCCGGUCCCAGGAUGUGGCAGAGCGGAAGCGGUGGGUUGCACUUGUAGAUCGUGUGCGAGAUGUCGCAGGGGGUGAAGUACGGGUCCUGAGUUCUGAGCAUGAGAGUGGGAAGAGACUUGAUGGGCUGGGGGGCAUUGCGGCACUCUUGACGUUUCCUGUCAACGAUGAGGAUUUAGAGUCGGAUAGCGAAUGA